UGACCAAAAUACCCUGAGGCGUAAGGUCGCUUUCUUGUGCCUUUCGUGUGCGCAGGUCACCCCCCAACCCCAAGACUCACUCGUGUCUACAGUACUUUCGUUUUCACCAAUUCCCCCACACUACUCCAACUUAGUGCCCCUCCACUCUCUCUCUCUCGGAGUAUAACCACGUCUUCAACCCCAACGCUAGAAAUAUUUUAUUUAUUUAUUUAUUUAUUAUUAUUAUUAUUAUUAUUAUUCUUUUAUUUUUCUGGGCCUAUAUAAAAAACAGAGUAUAGUUUCAUUCCAGGCCCCAAAUUUAUAUAUAUGCACAUAUUUUUUUUAUUACCUGAUCUUUAUUUAUUGCUAAACCAGACUAGAGGACCCUUUUGGGGAAACCUCAAUCUAAUCGGUUCUGCUCUGUGUUUUCGGUUAAUGAAGAAGAGGAAAUAAUUUAGGGAACCCAUUUUUUUCUUUCUUUCAUUUUGUUCUUGUUUGUUUUUCUGGUUUUCUUGGAAAACUAGAUUUUUGAAAGAAGAAAAGAAAAGUUUUUUUUUUUUUUUUGAGAAAGUUGAUGAUGGGUCCUUUGACAGUGCUGAUGGUAAGCUUAUUAGCCUGCGCCGCCGUAAGAUUGAGCUCAUCAGAUCCGAGCGACGAAGCAUGUUUGACCCAUUUAAGUCAAUCGAUACAAGACCCAACUGGGUCUCUCAAGAACUGGACCAAAUCCACCUUUGCUAACCCUUGUAGCGGUUUCACCUCUUACCUACAAGGAGCCACCUGCAACAAUGGCCGAAUCUAUAAGCUCUCACUCACUAACCUCUCAUUACGAGGCUCAAUCUCGCCGUUUCUCGCCAACUGUACAAAUCUCCAAGCCCUUGACCUCUCUUCAAACUUUCUCACCGGACCAAUCCCUUCGGACCUUCAGUACUUGGUCAACCUUGCUGUACUUAACCUCUCCUCCAAUCGGCUCGAGGGACCAAUCCCACCUCAGCUCACAUUGUGUGCUUAUCUCAAUGUUAUUGAUCUCCAUGAUAACUUGCUCACGGGACAGAUUCCUCAGCAAUUGGGUCUUCUUCUUCGGCUCUCCGCUUUCGAUGUUUCAAACAAUCGGCUCUCGGGUCCAAUACCUUCCAUGCUUAGCAACCGAAGUGGGAAUUUGCCGAAACUCAAUGCCAGUUCCUUUGAAGGAAAUAAAGAUCUUUAUGGAUACCCUUUACCGCCUUUCAAAAAUAAAGGUUUGUCAGUUUUGGCCAUUGUUGGGAUCGGAUUGGGAAGUGGGUUCGCGAGUUUGGUCCUCAGUUUUACUGGGGUUUGUAUUUGGUUGAAAAUUACAGAGCGUAAAAUGGCCCUUGAUGAAGGCAAGAUCAGUCAACUCAUGCCCGAUUAUUGAACCUAAAAGUAUUUUCAGGUACUUUUCGAAUAUAUAUAUAUAUUCAAAAAAAAAAAAAGGAGAUUUGAGCCUUGAAUAUGUUUAUGGAAUGAAGAUAUGGGCUAGUCUCUGUCUCUAUUCAGAUGGGUCAAAUUCAGAAUGUAUUCUUUUACUGAUCCUAGGGGAAAAAAAGAAAGGAAAAAAAAUUAAUUCUUCUACUUCUUACCAUUUUGGGUUCUUUUCUUCAUUCUCUUCUUUUUCAUGAGUUGAUAUUAUUCUCCACAAUUCUUAAUUCUCGUUUCUCUACAAUCAAUCAACAGUGUAUAGACCAAUUCAAACACUUAUUUCAGUGAAUUAGUAGUGCAACUUUUUUGCUUUGUUCUUUUGGAAUGUAACGCUAGCUAGCAAUGUUGUAUAGUGUAAAUGUAAUGUUAUUGUUCACGAUUUUCAUCUCUCUCUCUCUCUAUCAUAUUAAAAAAGUUGGAAUUUUGGAGCUG